AUGUCAUCACAUUUUUUGCCGAUGUCACUGACUUCUGAAGAUAAAGUAAAGGAUGACUCAAUCAAAAAGGAGAGGCCAUAUAAGAUCUUUUUCAAAGAUCUCUUUCUUUUUAAAGAAAAUGAAAUGGCAGCAAAGAAAAAGGAAAAACAUUUGAACCGCAACUUGAAGGUUCACCAAAAGUCUACUUUUUCAUCCCGAAUGAAGAGUCGUUCACACCUGAGCAAGAUAGUAUUCUACUCUGACACAGCUGGUGGCUCCUUUGAAAAUUUUGGGCUAGAUCCCACUCUUGUUCUCAGAUUAACAGAAGGUUCAGACACAAAAAAGACUGUCCAGGAAUUUAUUGAUGACCAGAGAGACAGGUUUCUGCUCGAGUAUUCUCUGUCAACCAAAAGAAAUACAAUUACAAAAUUUGAUAAUCACAUAGCAACGAGGGAACGGCAACUCCUAAAAGCAGAAACAAAGCUCCAAGAAGAUGCAAUGGCCUUUGAAGAGUUCCUUCGAGAAAAUGACCAGAGAUCUGUAGACGCCCUUAAAAUUGCAGCACAAGAAACUAUAAACAAACUCCAAAUGACCGCAGAGCUAAAGAAAGCGAGUAUGGAGGUACAGGCAGUGAAAAGUGAAAUAUCAAAAACAGAAUUCCUCCUUAAAGAGUACAUGAAAUAUGGACUUUUUCUUCUGAAAUUGUCUCCAAAACAUUGGCAAGUCCAGCAAGCGCUGAAAAGGUUACAGAUGUCAAAGAGUAAGGAAAAUAUAAACGGCGUGCUUCCUAAAAAAUUGCCAAGCCAUCAUUCCAUCUGCAAAGAGUUUUAUUUCUUCAUUUAUGGUCUGUAUGUCUUUUUUCCUAUUCUUGCCUUAUUGCAGUGGGUAGAACUUCCUAUGUUGAAUAAGAGUAGUAAGAGCAGAUAUCCUUGCCUUGUUCCCUGUCUUAAGAGGAUCCAGGUUUUCACCAUUAAUCCACCUGACAGUUUAAGUUCAGAAGACAGUUUGGAAUUCACUUUAGAUGAUGAUAUGGACUAUGACCUGGAGCCAGAACUUUAUUUCAAAGAACCAGAAGAGUUACUUCAAGUCUUCACAGAGCUGGAAGAGCAGAAUCUUACUUUGGUACAAUAUUCCCAAGAUGUUGAUGAAAAUCUUGAAGAUGUGAAUAAAAGAGAAAAACUUAUACAGGAUAAAAUAAAUAGCAACAUAGAAUUUCUUUUGGAGCACAAGGAAAUGCUUAAGGCUAACUGUGUGAGAGAAGAGGAAAAAGCAGCAGAACUGGAAUUAAGGUCCAGGCUAUUUAAUUUUGGACAAUUUAAUUCAGAUGCCCAGGAAAAACUGAUAGACUCUCUUAGUAAAAAAAUUAAUCAAGUAUACAAAGUCUGCAUUGGAGAUGGUGAGGUUGGCAGCCUCAACCCAGUUCAAAAGCUGGUAAAAGUAGAGUCUCGCCUGGUGGAAUUGAGUGACCUCAUUGAAUCCAUUCCCAAAGAAAACGUGGAGGCAAUUGAGAGGAUAAAACAGAAAGAACGACGGCAAAAGCUGCGUGAAGAGAAAAUGAAAGAAAAACAAAGACACCAGGAGGAAAGGCUAAAAGCUGCACUGGAAAGAGCGGUAGCACAACCAAAGAAAAAGCUGGGAAGACGACUUAUCUAUCGUUCAAAACCUCCAUCUGGUAACAAACAGGAACUACUUUUAGUCAAGGAUACAAAAUCAAAAUCAGUAGAGGAUGAAUAUUUUUUCACUUGAAUAGGAGCAGUAAGAUGUUUAUUACCAGAAUGUUUUAGGCAUAUUUUAUAGAUUUUGGUUUUCAAUAAUGGCAAUAUUCUGCCCCAUAUGCUGGCCUAACCAAUUUGAGGAAGAUAGGUCCUUGUUCAAAAGGUUAUAGGAUUGGGAAAGGGAGUUAUUUUCUUUUGUUGAAGAUUUUUAUUAUCCAUAUUUUAAGUAUUAUUCUAAACCUUAUAUAACUAUACUUUGAGUUGUACCA